AUCAGACAGCUGCAGCAACAGGAGGAACAACGCAGGAGGGAGGAACAACGCAGGAUGGAGGAACAACGCAGGAUGGAGGAACAACAGAGGGAGGAGAGGAGACGCCUGGAGCGCCUGGAGAGGGAGAAGAGGAUUCAAGAGGAGAUAGAGAGAGAGAACGAGGCCAGCGAGAGACAGCUGGCGCACAUCUCGGAGAAACUGAAACUGAAGCAGGAGUUUAAAGGACAGGAGCACCAUCACCAGCGCUCCCACAUCUUACACCAACUGGUGGAAGAUGAUGCAGCUGCAAUCGACAUGGAUGAGCUUGGAGACACUGAGAAGGAGUUCAACAAGCUUUUGGCAAAAUAUGACAUUAAGGAAGACCAGAGCCUACAGUCUUCACAUAUUGAAGAUCGGAUGAAAAUGCUACAAAAUGAGCUUACGGCCCAGUACUGUCGGGAGCGGCAGUUAUCAAUUUGGUCUCAGUUUGCCUUUGACAGUGCCGUUGGAUAUGAGCAUCUUUCCUUGACAGAGAAGUUCUGCAUUCUGAAAGCGGUGGUCCAGCUGACAGUGGAAGGGGCUUCAGACGUCGUGACCAAACUGCAGGACCAAACAAACUGCGACGAGAAGUAUGGCUUUCUUUUUGGUCUCCUGGUACAAGUUUACCAAAGAAACGCCACGUUAGCGGGAAACCUGGUGCUGAGUGUCCUGGACAUGUUUUCUGAGCUGGCAAGUGAAAGCAAGGAGCUACUCGCUCAAAUUCUGUUCAGCAAAGUCUGGACGCCCUUAGAAAUAGUGGUCUUCAUCCACGUCGCCGUUCAUGUUCCUCAGGAUCUAACUGCUUCUGUCCUUCACAAGACGCAGACAUACAGACUUGACUUGCUCACUGUCAUCUCUGCCAUGAAAGAGGAAUAUCCUGACAAGUUCUUACAAACGUGCACUGCAGAUGAAGAGGACAAAGACCUCGCCACCAUCCUGAAUGAGAUGCGGGCAAACAACUAUCCGGAAAAAACUAUUUCAAUUAUUGAAGAGGUAUUAAGCAAAGUGAUGGAGGAACUCCCAAAAUAUACCUUCAUUGACCUUGAUGAGCAGAUGAGAAAAGAUGGCAUAGCAAUGGUAAAGUUGUUGGACUUCGCCAAUCCUGAUCCUGAAACCCUAACCCAAGUCUUGAUCGGGCUGUCUAUUGCAGUCCAGGACAGCUCAAUCAUCUUCAAAGACGGUAAUAAAAUCGAAAGUUAUUUCCCACGAGUCACUCAGCUUGCGUCUUUACUGAUGCUCCUCCUUUCAAAGAUGAGCCAAGACAAUGGAUGUCUUCUUGAGAUUGGGACAGGGGAGGGGAAGUCCUGUAUUUUAGCUAUGUUUGCUACCGUUCAGGCAGUCCAAGACAGGAGAGUAGAUGUUGUGACCAGCUCCCCAGUCCUUGCCCGUCGGGACCAAGAAGAGUGGCAGAAGCCAUGCCGAACAGGUCCUGGCUUGUAUAUGGUCGAUGAUCUGUAUGUAUCAGCCCAUAGAAAUGGCAGAGACUGGGGAGAUCCAGUGGGCAACAAAGAUUCAACAUUUUCACAAAGUCGCCGCAAUGGCUGUGAUGGGUUCAGACACAUCAGAGCAUUUCACAUCCCUGGAUAUUCUACAACCUGGAUUGCAGUUGGGGUUUUUCACACAGGAAGAUAUAGACAAGGUAGAGGCAGCUAAGAUGGAAGCACAAAAGGAAUCUAAAGACCAAAACUUUAAAGUUCUUCAGAUCAUCAUGGACAAAAUCGACCUGCUCAGAGUGUUUGAGGAGGCACUGGAAAAAGCAGUUUCCUUUGAGUGUUACUUAGCUGUGGAAAAUAAAGCAGUUCAGUUUGGGGAACAGAAGUCACACAGUGGAGAAGUUAAAAUUAAGAUGCUCCACUUACCAGGUGGAUGCGCGUGUGAAAUAGUUUCUCACGAACUGAUAAUCGAAGCUACAGUUUCAGAAUUAAGGUCCAGGAUUAAAUACUCAGAUUCCCACAUACCUCCACUGCAAGCUUCAAUGUCAGAGUCUUUCAUAGUCAUCCCUUAUUUCCUGAAGGAUUACAUCGAGAACCGCUUGCCUGUUUUUGUGGGGAAUGGUCUCAGAGCCAUUUGUAUGACACAGAAUCGCGAGUACAUGAUCGAUUUCGGGUCUGAAGAUGUGAAGUCAGCUCAGGACUCUGAGAAACAUCACUACCAUGCUAUAAUCCCAGUGGAUUUCAAGGCCAGCGGUGUACUGGAGAAGAACAAACGCUGGGGAGAGAGUCUGCAGCAGUUUCUGGAGAUGAAGCACCAAUUGGCCAUUACACCCUUAUCGAAUGUCACAAAUUACUUGUCCAACUUCCAUUACUUUCAGAGAUACCUCAAGGGUAAAGGCAUAUUUGGUGUCUCUAGAACAUUAGGAGGCCACACAGACAUUGCCUUUCUGUGUAAUCAGUAUAAAACCGAGAGCUAUGUGGUGCCAGCUCAUCGCCACAACAAGGUGGUUGAGUUACCAGCAGUUCAAGUGAAGGGAGGAAAAAGUCAAUGGAUAGAGAUGAAUUGUGAGUGUGUCCGGAAGGUUACAUUGAGAGGGCAAGUUGCUUUAGUCAUUUGUGAAGACGUGAAAACUGCGGAAGAGCUUCAAAAGAGAAUGAACGCUUCCAAAUCUUCCCCUACACGUGAAAUAAAGAUGUACACCAUCAGCGAAAAACACAACAUUGAAAAGGACAAGUUCUCUGCAGGGAGCGUCAUCAUCGCCACCAAUUUGGGAGGCAGAGGGACGGAUAUCAAAGUGGACGAUAAGGUCAAUUAAUGUGGAGGGCUCUGUGUAAUCCUCACCCACUUUCCUAACAGCCGGCGUGUGGAGAAGCAAGUGUUCGGCCUCACAGCCUGCAAAGGCAACUCAGGUAUGGUGCAGAUGGUUCUGAACCGGGAAAACCUGGCUCCAGCCUACCAGGGCCAGCCAAUUGAAAUCAUGAGACAGCUGAGAGAGGAGUACGAGGUCAAUCGUAUUGCGAAUAUGGUCAACGACAAGCUGUUGGAAAUCAAAACGAAGGAAGAGCUUUUCGCCUGCUUCUGUGCACACCUGAACUCAUUCAAACUGAUGUACACUGAAGAGGAAAGACUUGAUCCUGCUGCAAAGAACAAGAUACCGUCAUUCUGUAAAACGUACAGAAAGAAAUUUGACUACCAUCCUGCCCUCAAUGCCUUGAAGGAAUACUGGGCCUUGUGGCUUACCUUGCAUGAGAAACAAAUCGAUGAGCAUGUGGAUGUCAAUCAGCUGAAGUCAGAGCUCUCGCUCAUGUUACAGCACACUGUGGAUAAGCUCCUACAAGGAGAAAGUGGCAAUUUCUAUGAUCACAUCAAGCAAGCUGUGAAAAGGAUGGACUUGCAUGCUAGAGACAAGGAAAAUGAUUAUGGCGCAAUAAAAUACUGGCAGAAUGCAAUAGAUGUUGACCAAGUCUUCAGAGCAGUUUCCAAGUACAACCAGGCCUACAUCAGAAUCAACAUGGCGAUAGGAGACUACAAGAAGGAAGCGAUGGAGCUGCUGAGUGACGCAGAAAGUGCUGUUCAGGUCCACAUCUCUGAAACGACAAAUACAAUGGCAGCUUGCCGGAUGUCUUGCUCAACAAACUUUACACCCCACCACGCAGAGGGCACCAAUUUCCAGUCGCAAAUGGAGACGAGGUUGAGUGUGUUCAACUCUUGGAAAGUAAACAUCAGCAAGGCCAAAACAAAACUGGAGGAACUCAAGGAUGAGGCGAUCACCGAAGAGGCCGCCGUUUACACUCUUCUGGAUAAGAAAGACCACAUUGCCACAACUGAGCUGAUGGCGCUCUACGAGUAUGGUCUGGGCAUUGUCUUCAUGGUCAAGGAGAAGCCAAAGUUCUGCAUUGACGCUCUGAUCUGUGCCCUACUCGGGGCAUGCCAGGUGUUCUUAGGGGCUCUGGUCUGCACCUUGUCGUUCGGAACAGCCAGCCAGGUUGGCCCUGGGCUGAUUUCAGAAGGCGUUUCAGAUAUGAUUGAAGGUAUAAAAGGCAUGAUAACAGGCACAUUUGACUGGGUAGAUUGGGCCAUUUCCAAAUCCAUCAGCCUUGGAAUGUCGUUAGUUACAGCUGGGUUCAGUGUCAUCAGAAAAACACUUUCCAUGUGCAAAGGUCUCCUGACCGGCACAAAAACGCUGUCCUCUAUAGCCGAUGAUAUCAUCUGCACGGGGAAAAGCACGCUGACAUCUUUAAAGGGAACUGCAAAGACGACCCUCACGUCCCUCUCCAAAGACACGUGAAAGAACUUUGUCAAGGAAAACAUUGACCAGCAGUUUCAAGGAAGCGGGGAAAUUUGCAGUUCAGGAAUUUGGGAUGAAAGCGGUGACCACAAGCUUGAAUAUUGCCAUCGAUAAAGAGUUGAAAGCAGCCUUUGAGUACAUUCUAAAACAAUGCUUCGAAGAUAUCAUCACCAAGGCCAUACGAGACAACGCUCUUCUGGAUCAGUGUCUGACCCAGGUGAUAAUUAUAUACGUUCCAAAAGCCGCAUUGCAGACAGACCCCAAUGCUUUCAAAAUUCCUGAAGACAUCAAAAAGAACCUGACGGACAUCUUGAUUAGCACCUGCAACUCUAAUGUGUCUGAUCUAAUAAAUGAUCACACUGUGCUCAAUGAGGUCAUAAAACGGGUUUCGGAAGUGCGUGACAGUGCCACGGAGCUCAUGCAGAAAGCCAAAGUCUCGGGGACUGUCCAAAAAGUCAUCAAAAUAAGUUGGAUAAUCACCGAGUACACCUCACACUUCGUUCAGAUGUUCCAGUCUUUUCCCACCAGAUCAAUUAUUGACACCAACUUUGUUCCCAACUUCAUUAAAAGCAUUGAGGAUAAUCUAGUCACCAAAGAAGAGAGGGCAGAGUGCAAGGAGGAUGGCAGACGCAGUUUCCGAGACGUAGCGGAACUUAAGAAAGAGUUUCAAGAGAUGAUCUCAAAAACCUUGUUGAGUGCGUUCUUAAACACCUGCACUGGCCAUAUCACCUCCAUAGUGACCAAGACUUUCCAUAAAGACCUAAACAAGGCUGCAGGUGGCGUUGUUGGCCGGUACCAAACUCAGCGGUUCUUUUCUGACCAAAAACACAUUCAGGACAUGAAGAAAGCAAGCCAUGGUUCUGAGAAAUCUCUCACAGAGGCUGAGGAAAAGGAGAUCACAGAGUAUGUGGAGAAAAUCAGUGAUGUAAACCGUCCAGCUACAACUGUGGACCUUGUGGCUUUGACAAAGAGUGAUUUGAUCGAUGGCAGAGGAAUUAGAAUCACAGUGGUGGAUGAACAAGGGAAGCAGAUUUCAGAUGUGAAAUUCGCUGGGAAAAACAGCUGUACAGGAGACAUAACAUUAAGGCUGACGAAAACGGCAGACACACAUGAAAGUGAAAAAGGCUUCUUUACAAAGAUUAAAGAAAGAAUCUGUGAAACAGGAGAUCCUUUCACUGGCCAUUUUGACAUUAUCAAACCAGACGGCACAGUCAUUCCAGUGAAGUCAGAGAAGCAGAACUGUCUGCACCACGCUGUCAUACAAGCAAAGGACAACAGCCAGGAAGACCAACUAAAAAAUAAAGCGAUUCAACUGAGAAACCAAGUCAGAGACGAGGAUGAAAAACUUGAAUGUGGAUGAAGGCUUUUCUGAGCAUGUCACAGAGGCAGACCACAUUCCACCGAAGGCCGUACUGAAGAAGGCUUUAAAGGAAGUACAGAAUAACCCUCAAGCCAACGCAGAGCUGAGGAGAAAGAGCCCGAAACUUCACACCAUGCUGAUGGGCGCUGACACAGACCCUCAAGGCCGGGAGCUGUUGUGUCUGAACGUCCUGCAUCAGGAUCACAGAGCUGCACUGACCACUGGCUCCAGUAAACUCUCAGCAAGCUGCAGAGAUCACCUGACUAAGACGCUGUUGAGUGGAGAUGCUGAAAAGCUGCUGAAGAUGUCUCUUAUUGUGGCCCAUCCCCUCUCAUCAAUGCAGCUCAGAGAGGACGCAGGGAUGAAUCUUAGCGGAAUUAAAGAAAGAAGGAUUAAUUUGUCUGAAGAGGGAACCAAGUCUUAUUACCUGAUUCGAUUCCACAGUCUGGUGAAAGAAUACUGCUAAAUACUGUUAUCAUGGGUGGAGAAGGAAAGAUAUUUGAGUGCAAACACUGCAGAGUAUAAAGAAAUACUGGCAUCCAUUAAACAAUAAGAUGGGCGAGAGCAGAGGGGGUCCCCAGAAAAAAAAAAGAUUUAAAAUUAUUAAUUAUAGUUAUUAUAUGAUUAAAUAAUUAUACUUCAUGUAUAUUUCAAUUUGCUUUUAAUGUUGAAAUUGAGGGGUCUGUAUUGAGAGUGAUUGCUUGCCCCGGGCAGACAAGGUUGAGAACUCUUUGUUAACCCAGGAGAACAAUACAUGUACUAUAAUAGAACUGUAGUUUGUGCAAAAAUCCUGUAGUAUGAUAAACUAACAUAGGUAUACUACACUCUGUUGGCUGACACUGUUGUGUGCAAUUAUAAUGUCUUCCUUUUGGUCUUUCCAAGCUCUACUCACUCUGGCAAAAUAACCAGCUUUAACCUUUUUAAAUAAAGACUCAUCUAUUUUUAUCUUUAAAACUAGAAGGACUGGAGAUAUGCUCAUACCUAAAAGCCCCGCAGCAGUCUUUCUGACAGCUGUAUUCAAAACACUGUAAAUAGUAUAACGAACGGAGAAACAGUCGGAUGUAAUUCACUUUUUUUUAUUGAGUACGUCACAAACAUCUGAACAACCGAAGCAUAACAUAUAAGAACGUUUAUUUUACAAAUCAAAGCAAUGCAACAGAAAUCGGUUGCGCACUGGAAGCUGUCACCUCAUUGUCACCUUCACUUGCAUUGUCCUCACUUUCAUUGCUGCUGGACCCCUCUUCUACACCAAUCUGAGUCGCUUCCAUCGCUUUCCAUAUCUUGUUCAUCUCCAGAAUCACCUUCAGAUACAGUCCAUAACAACUGCAAUCACUGUCUUCAUUGACUCGUUCUUCUCUUUUUAUUAUUCACAGGAAAGUAACGUAUAUGAAAGACUAUCCUCUUGUGCAAACUCUCAUGUAUCCUCUCGUGAAACUGCGGAAGACAAUUAAUUCUUCAGGGUAGCCUCUGACCUUUAUAGCAACCUUGGUAACGAAUAAGUCACAGACAAAGUGGCACCUACCCAAUGACUGUCAGUCAUUCACUCGAGCAGGGAGUAGAGACUAAUCUAAUUACAGCUAAACGCAUUGCGGACUGGUAAAUAAAAAUAAUAAAGUAGAAUACCGUUCUGUAUAAUCACAAUAUAAUUGUUUUCUGUGUGGCCGUCAAUGUGACUGCUCCUGGGGCUUUUAGGUGUAAUGUAAUGUAUAUCUCCUCUAUUUCUGCUCCCCUGCGUUUGAUGCUUUGUGAGAAUAUGUAAUACAUAUGCACAGAAAGGUAUGUGAAUGUGCAGCCCCAUAUGUGUUACACAAGUGGAGAAAAUUUAAUUUUAAAACCAAAAACCGCCAAAAUGACUGCCGCAGUGCUGUAUAAUAAACAGCCUAAAAUAUAUAUUUUAGGCUGUUUAUUAUAACCUAUGUUUAACUUUCUGGGACUAAAAUGUCUAAAAUAAAUAAUAAUACAUAUCAUUGUGCAAAUAUAAUAGAAAUUAAGCAAACGUAAGCCUUUCAUUAUGAUAAGAACAUAAGUACAGUAUUCCACUCAGCUCCCUGUACUCAUUGAAUCUUUAGCCUGAUCUGUUUGCACUCAAAACCAUGACCAGGUACUUAAGGGACACAACAAAAACUCUUCCUCUGGACAGGAUGGCUAAUAUUAAUGUUAUAGUGCAGUAUUCCUAGAAAAGUUUCUAUGCUAAUACUCACUGCAACAUUAUUAUUAUUAUUAUUAUUAUUAUUAUUAUUAUUAUUAAGACAUUUAGCUGACAAUAUUUAUCCAAGGCGAUUUACAAGGUUUGUCAAACAUUAAGAUAUAAUGUGCUGUACUAUAAACAGUAAUAUAACCCUACAGAGUUAGGAAUACUUUUGGAAGUCUUUGUAAAUCUUUCUGUAGAAAUUGCUUCUAGGUAGAUCAGUCUUUUGUGUCCAUAAGAUUGUUGCUUAAUGUGGUUUUACACUUUUAAUAAACCCAGGUUUUUCUUUGUCGUGAUUAUUUUGAAACACUUUACUUGCUAUGUAAAAUCUGUGAAAAUCUAACCCCUUCAAUAAAUUAUUUGUGUAGUAUCUUAUCAAUUUUUUUUGUCAAUCAACAAAUAUAUACGUACAGUUGUCGUCAAACGUCUACAUACCCCAAUGUGUGUACUUGCUGACUUGGGAGUUCCCAAUGGGUGGCGUACAAUUGGCCACGUACCGCCAGGGUGGGGUGAGUUUAAGUAGGAUGGGGCUCCCUCGGUUCACUGCGCUCUAGCGACUCCUGUGACCUCUUGGACAUCUGCAGGUUCAGGGUGUUGGCAGUCAACAGCUGCAUCGAAUCUUUCUGCAGGGCUGUGGAGGCACUGGGCUUGCAGUACGAUUAAAAUAGUGGCUGGCUUUGAAGACACACGUAUCGGAGAGUGCCUGCGUGUGCUUUGUCUCUUCCCUCCUGAAUAGGCACAAAGUCGUUGCGGUGAACCGAGUUCAAUUAGCGAUUCCAAAUUAGGGUAAAAAGGUGGAAAAAGAAUUGCCCCCAAAAAAAAGAAAAAAGUGAAAGAUGUGUCAAAACUGUAUUUUCCUCAUCUGAAGGAUUCUGUUGUUGUUAACAAUUUCAG